AACUCAAGCCGCAAAGCAGCACGGACCUACAGACGUAUUGUCCAAUCAGGUCUCUUGAACUGAAGAGCGUGUAUUUGAUGCGACGAUUUGUCACGUAUUGGGUCCACAGCUGUUUGAAGAAGUGAGCGUGAUCUCAAGAGGCAGAAUGGGUAGGAGUUACUUUGUAGAUGAAGCUGUGGAGGAAUAUCUUGUUGGGAUUCAGACAGCUCCCGGCUCAUGUGUGACCGGACUCCUGGCUGGUCAAUCCUCUCCUCAGAGAGAUUUUGUGGUGCUGGCUGUGCAGACUCCUCACAGGGAGAGUGAGGGGCAGCCGAAGGCUUCGAGAGGGGUCAGCCCACUGGAUGACAUUGAUGUGGAGUGGGUCACAGAACAUGCCAAGCAGGUGUCCCGCAUGUUACCAGGAGGUCUUUGCAUUCUUGGCCUGUUUUUAGUAACCCCACCUGAACUCUCCAAAGAUGCCCAAAAUGCAUUAAAAAGGCUUAUAUUUGCUAUGGAUAAAUACAUAACUAAGGGAAGAUUGUGGGAACUGUCAGAGGAGGAUGUGACUGAUCAAGUCACCCUGCAUAUCUGCUCCAAAACAAAGAAAACUGUCUGCAAAACAUUUGAUGUAAAAGAUCCAAAAAGUUCGGCCAAGCCAGCAGAUUGGAAGUAUCAGACAGGUGUCUCAUCAUCCUGGCCCAUGCUGAGCUGCUCUGUUGCGGUGGAUGUGCAGAUCCCUAUGACAGGAUCUUCUUCUGAUAUCACAGACAAGUGCAUGAAGGAUGGUCUAAGGAGGUGGGCUAAACAGAUUGAGGCUGCUUGCUGUCUCAUAAAUGGCAGACAUGCAUUAGAUGACUCUGAACUCGUAUCAGGACAGAAAAAGAACCCAAAAACAACCCAUCGUCAGACACUGCCAGCACGGAUCUUUGUCUCUGAUGAACAGGCAGAGCUGGAUGAGCGGAGCAGUGCUCUGGUUCAGCUGUGCAGCGGCUCUGUGAAGGUUCGAGGGGUGGUUCACUGCAGGGCCUACAUCCACAAUAACAAACCCAAAGCCAGACAUGCAGCACAGGCCAUUAAGAGAGACAUCAUAAACACGGUUUGCUCCAGAGUAGAGAUGUUUCUGGAAGAUCUUUUAAUAAAUGAAGGGAGUCACAAAGGUCUGUGCAGUGGGCAGCAGGCUCUUCCUCGGCGUGUGUUUGCACCAGUGCCCGUGUCCGGUCUGUCUGUGUGUGACUACAUGUUUCCAGAUGAAAGUACAGCAGAUGUGGCCGAGCGUCUGAAAGAGAUGCUGGACUGCAAAACACCAGAAGAGGACAUAGAUACUAGUUUGGAGGGCAAUCAAUUAUUUUCCAAUGUUUGUGGAUCAGAGAUAACUGAAAGCCCCAGUGAUGAUUCUAGUAAGCAUGUCUUCUCAGAAGUCCAAACUGAAAAUCCCAAAAAUCAGAAAGCCCCUCAAUAUUAUGCUGGUGUGGCCAUAACAGCAGCCGUUGCUCUCCUUGCCACAGCCACAUCACUACUGUAUUUUAAUGAAUGACAAUGGAAAUAGAAAAUAUGUUUGUAUGAGUGAGUGUAUAAGUAUGCAUAAGUGAGUGUGUGGAGUACUCCCUUAUAAUCAGUAGGUUUGGCUAUUUGAGUCUAGACAAAUCUUAAUGUUAUACUAUACAAUGGCAAUCGAGAGAAUUACUGUAUGUCUCUAACAUUCACAGCCUGAUCGCACUGAUGCCUACUGAUGGGUUCAUUCUGUAGCCAUUCUUCUGAAAUGAAAUGUUCAUCAAGAGACCAAUCAAUCCAUUUCUUUAUUAAAAUGGCUUUGUGUGUCGUGGUGGAAAAAGGCCUUUCGCAAACUGUUGCCCCAAAGUUGUAAGCACACAAUUCUCCAGAUUGCAAUCUUCUAAUGUUGCAUUGAAAUUUAUAACUGAAAUUAGUGGAAUAGACAAACCCGCUAAUUUGAAGAGGCUAUUCUCAUGUUUAUGGCCAUAUAGUUUAGAUAAUAUACAUAUACAUAUAUAUAAUGCACAUAUACAUAUAUAUUAAACAUUUUUGAGUAAUAAUAUACCGGUUAAAGUGUAAAUUACAAUUAUGUGUUUUGUUUUUUCUUCCUUUUUUUUUUUUUUUUUUUUUUGAAAAUUGUUCACCAGUGGCAUGUUUUCGUCUCAUGCCACAUUAAUAACAGAUUAAAAGAAAAAUGUUCAUUGUCAUCCUGCACGUUUGUUGCUUUCUUCAGUAUAUUGUCAAUGUGCCAUUUGUCAUGUCAUUAUCAAACCAGUUUCUUCUGGCUUCUGUAACGGUGGAGCAUUAAAGGCAUAAAGGAAAUGUUAUAUUAA